AUGGUAGGAUCUGCCAGCCCACCCAGCCUCAUAAGCAUCUUCCUCGUCUUCUGGGCCCUGUGCUUAUCUGACUUCCACAAGCACUUACCAGUGCAGUCCCACUCACAUUGGCCGCUUUACUCCGAUUUGUAUGAUGUGCGAGACCCCUUUGUGAAGUACCUUUCAGAUCUGCAAAAGCAGGAGGAGCGCGGAGAGCUGCUGCAGCCGCUGGUCUUCGUCUUGCUGGUGGUGUGCUCUGUCCUGCUGUACUUCAGGGUGUCUCUGAUGGAUCCGGGUUUUGUCAAGUCUGAAGAGGAAGCGAAGGCAGACAAGAGUGAAGAACAAAGCAUGGUGAUACCCCAAGUUCCAAGUAAUAUUAAGAUGCGUCGUUGUGGUUACUGCAUGGUGAAGCAACCAAUGCGAGCCAAGCACUGCCAGCUGUGCCAGCACUGUGUACGGCGUUACGACCAUCACUGUCCCUGGAUUGAGAACUGUGUAGGAGAGAAGAAUCACCCCCUCUUCAUAGUCUACUUGAGCGUGCAGCUCAUAGUUCUGCUGUGGGGAGCUCACGUCGCUUGGUCAGGCCUCUACUUUGAACAGUCCUGGGACUGGCUGCAGCACAACGUUCUCCUCCUCAUGUCCUUCCUCCUGAUAGUCAUAUUCACCACUGUUGUCCUACUGCUGCUGAUCUCACACCUCUAUCUGAUCUCAUGCAACACCACCACCUGGGAAUUCAUGUCCCACCACCGCAUCUCCUACCUGCGACACUCCGAGUCAGAGAAUCCCUUUGACCAAGGGGUGAUCCUCAAUCUCUGGAGAUUCUUCUGUUCAUGCCGCCUCACUGCAUGGGAGAAGAUCUAUUUUCACAGGAACAGUGAGCCUGUCUAGUCACAGUGGGACUCACCUGGUAGAGUGCCAACACAGUUGCAGGUUGCUGGGUAAAGCUUUGC